AUGCACGCCUCACGGGCCUGGAUCCUUGAAGGCCAGCAAGGUCUCUCAAGUCUCAAACUCAUCGAUGAUAAAUCCGUUCCUUCCUUGGGCGAUCAUGACGUCUUGGUGCGCAUCCAUGCAGCAUCGCUCAAUCACCGAGACUUAGCCAUCGCCAAGGGCGCCCAUUCCCUCGUCAUCAACCCCAAUGUGGUAGCUGCAUCUGACGGUGCCGGCAUCGUCGAAAGUGUCGGGCCUCAGGUGCAGGUCUUCCAACCCGGGGACCGAGUCUGCACAUACAUGGUGCCGCACAAGCCUGAAUCCGAGCCGGUCACCUUCGCGGACAUCGGCAGUGGACUGGGCCAGAGGAUAGACGGGACGCUGCGUCCGUACGCCGUGUUCCAUCAGACGGCGCUGGUGAAGAUGCCGUCCAGUCUUUCGUUUGUGGAAGCAAGUACGUUGACGUGCGCGGCCUUGACGGCCUGGAAUGCGCUGUUCGGGCUGUCGUCGCGCGCACCGAAGAAGGGGGAUGUUGUGUUGGUACAGGGGACAGGUGGGGUAUCGGUUAUUGCUCUGCAGUUCGCAUUAGCAGCAGGUGCCACCGUGAUCGCCACGACCAGCUCCGACACCAAAGCACAGCGCCUCCAAGCUCUCGGCGCGCACCAUGUGCUCAACUACCGGCGCAAUCCCAAGUGGGGAAAGUCUGCGCGACAGUUGACGCCAGACGGGAAGGGUGUGCAUCUCGUGGUCGACGUUGGUGGGUUGUCAACUGUGAGCCAGUCGCUGAAGGCCGUGCGGCCGGAGGGGGUGAUUGCCAUGACGGGUCUGCUGGGAGGUGCCCCAGACUCGAAUGUAAAUACUCUGAUCGACUGUCUUGUGAACUUGUGUACGGUAAGAGGAGUUCUGCUAGGCACGAGAGAGCAGUUUGAAGAGAUGAAUCGGUUCAUCGAGGAACAUCGGAUCCAGCCGGCGAUCGAUGAGAGGGUAUUUGGGUUUGAGGAGGUCGAGGAGGCUUAUCAGUAUAUGGAUGAGCAGAGGCACUUUUCGAAGGUCUGUGUGAGGAUUGAAUGA